CCCACAAUUUACAACGGCACGUGAACGCAUCCUAUGACGUAUGUCGUUUUUCCAGCGCAGCAGUGUCAGUCGGAUGAAACCAAAACAAGAUGCGGUGAAUAAGCUGCGGUGAUUGACAGCCCCCGUUUACGCGUCUUGCAUUUAAAUGCCGUUCCUCAAAGGCCAGUGACAACAACGCAAAAGUGACAAUGCAGUUUUCUCCGAACAACGGAGACUUUACGUUCGUGUCCUCCUCAGAGGCUCAAGAACUGAGCGGCACCAUCAGUACUCCAGACGUCAAACUGAACAUUGGCAGUGACGGUGGGAAGGACCCGUACGCCACCACCUUCCUCAGGCAGCGGGGGUAUGGCUGGCUGCUGGAGGUGGAUGACGAUGACAAUGAAGAGUCCAAGCCUCUUCUGGAAGAGCUGGACAUCGACCUCAAGGACAUUUACUACAAGAUUCGCUGUGUGCUGAUGCCAAUGCCAUCGCUGGGCUUCAACCGGCAGGUGGUCCGAGACAACCCGGACUUCUGGGGCCCCCUAGCUGUGGUGCUGUUCUUUUCCAUGAUCUCCAUCUACGGACAGUUUAGGGUUGUGUCUUGGAUUCUCACUAUCUGGAUAUUCGGGUCUCUGACGAUCUUCCUGCUGGCUCGUGUUCUUGGUGGUGAGGUCUCCUAUGGGCAGGUUCUGGGAGUGAUCGGGUACUCCCUACUUCCACUCAUCGUCAUUGCGCCGCUGCUCUUAGUGAUCGGAAGGUUUGAUGUGGUUUCUACACUAAUCAAACUGUUCGGAGUUUUCUGGGCCGCGUACAGCGCUGCCUCGCUGCUCGUCGGAGAUGAAUUCAAAACGAAGAAGCCCCUCCUCAUUUACCCCAUUUUUCUUUUGUAUAUCUACUUCCUGUCUUUGUACACUGGCGUCUGAGGGGACAAACAUUCAUGGACUGUAACCCUGGUGCAGGGAGCAAAAAGCUGGGCAGCGAUGACGGAAAGUUUUUAAAAAGAUGUUUAUUUCUUUUUUUAACUCCCUUCAGUCGUAGACAGACGGGAUUUGGGGAAUAUAUAUAUAUAUAAAUAUCAUUGUAAAUAGUUUUUUUUCCCCCUCCUGUCUCUGGUCAAUAAAAGACAUCAUCUUCUGCAGCUUAAAUCUUGUGAUGCAGAUGUCUCAGCAGUCUACUUUUCUCUGUCUGCUGCUCCUGAAGCUGGACUUGAUGUAGAGCUGCACAUUCAAACCACACACAAGCCCGUGGUGCCAAAUGUCCGUGUAGGUGUGUGUUCACGUUGGAGAGAAGACAACACCGCUCUCCUUUCCCUCACUGUAAUGUCCAUACAUGCCCUCGACCUGCUGAUGGAUGGAGCCGCAGAAUGAGGCAGCGGUUGAACCAUUGUCUGCCAAAUGUGGUGCCUUGUUCUCCCUCCUGACUUCUUGUGUGUCUGCUCUUCGAUUCGGGAGAGUUUUCAGUAACUUGAUAGCUGCCAUUAAUCUGAGAAGUUUCUGCUAGUUCUUGGCUUCUGUCUUCAGUCAGCACAUCUGAUGACAUUCCUACAUUAAACAUGACUUUGCACCCUA